GGGCGCCCUGGAUUUCGCGCGGCCCCGGCCCCGGGGCAGAAGCGGAAGGAGGAGGCCCGGCAAAUCUGAAAAGUCCGCCGCCCGGGAGUUUUUCACAGGUGGGGGCGAGGAGGGCGUGGGCAGCGUGGACCUAUUGGAGGCGUCGUCUCUUUGUUUCUGUGCGCCAUGGCGCGCCCCCCGCCCCGCCCGGGCGGCCUUGCCCGCCGGCCCCCCCCUUGGCGGCCGCGCGUCGUGUUUCGCCGCGCGCCUACCUGUCGCUGCCCCAGCCGGGCGCCGCGGCCGGCCGGCGGGCGCCCUACCUUCGCCCGGUCGGCCUGCCCUGCAGCCUACCAACCGCCGAAGCCAGGGCAGACAGCCAGCAGCGCCGUCGGAUGGAUCCGCAACCGGCCUAGGUUGCCACCCGUGCUUUCCGGCGCGCCCGGCGGGCCGGCGCGAGCCAGGACAGGCGCGCGGCUACUCGCUCCGGUGUUUGCGACCGAUGCAUGCCCCUAACAAUUGGGGCGCGGACGGCAUCCCGCUGCCACUGCCAGGGGGGCACGCACGCGCGAAGACCCCUUGCGUGCAGAUUCAUUGCGGCUUCCGAAUUGGGGGGGUCGUUCGCUUCGAUUGGUGUCCCCCGUCUCCUCCGAAGUCGUGGGUGGCCGGUGUUUAUUGUAUUCAUCAUCACUCCAUUUGCCCUGCCCUGUUGCGAUCGCAACCAACCAACCUAC